CCGCACCGACCGCACCGACCGCCCCGGCGGCACCGCACCGCCCGCUCCGCUCCGGCAGCACCGCCCGCACCGCCCCGGCCGCCGCCCCGCACCCACCGCUCCGCUCCCACCGCCGGUCCCGCACCGCCCGCCGGUCCCGCCGCCCCGCCCCGCGCCCGCCGGUCCCGCCGCCCCGCCCGGGAGCCCCUGACCCAUCAUGACAUUCAAGCAAGCGUCCAUGAUGGCCCCGGAGGCCACGGCCACCACGAUGCCCGUGGCCACGAUGGAGAACUCCACCGAGGCUGCGGGGCCAGGCGAGAGCAAGGAGGACAUGUUCACCAAGCUGAGGGACAAGUUCAUGAAUGAGCUCAACAAGAUCCCCCUGCCACCCUGGGCCCUCAUCGCUAUCGCGGUGGUAGCUGGACUCCUCAUCCUCACCUGCUGCUUCUGCAUCUGCAAGAAGUGCUGCUGCAAGAAGAAGAAGAACAAGAAAGAGAAGGGCAAAGGCAUGAAGAAUGCCAUGAACAUGAAGGACAUGAAGUCAGGCAAUCAGGAUGACGAUGAUGCAGAGACGGGUCUGACGGAGGGGGAAGGUGAGGAGGAGGAGAAGGAGCCAGAGAACCUGGGCAAGCUGCAGUUCUCACUGGACUAUGAUUUCCAGGCGAACCAGCUGACAGUGGGGAUCCUCCAGGCUGCUGAACUGCCAGCUUUGGACAUGGGUGGCACCUCAGACCCAUACGUCAAGGUGUUCCUGCUUCCUGACAAGAAGAAAAAGUAUGAGACCAAAGUGCAGAAGAAGACACUCAACCCUGCCUUCAACGAGACCUUCACCUUCAAGGUCCCCUACCAGGAACUGGGUGGGAAGACGCUGGUGAUGGCCAUCUACGACUUCGAUCGCUUCUCCAAGCACGACAUCAUCGGCGAGGUGAAGGUGCCCAUGAACACGGUGGACCUGGGCCAGCCCAUUGAGGAGUGGCGGGACCUGCAGAGUGGUGAGAAGGAGGAGCCAGAGAAGCUAGGAGAUAUCUGCAUCUCCCUCCGCUACGUGCCCACGGCCGGGAAACUCACUGUCUGCAUCCUGGAGGCCAAGAACCUGAAGAAGAUGGAUGUUGGGGGUCUCUCAGAUCCCUACGUGAAGAUCCACCUGCUGCAGAAUGGCAAGAGGUUGAAGAAGAAGAAGACCACAGUCAAGAAGAAGACCCUGAACCCCUACUUCAAUGAGUCCUUCAGCUUUGAGAUCCCCUUUGAGCAGAUACAGAAAGUGCAAGUGGUCAUCACAGUGCUGGACUAUGACAAGCUGGGGAAGAACGAAGCCAUCGGCAAGAUCUUCACAGGCUGCAACUCCACUGGCACAGAGCUGCGGCACUGGUCCGACAUGCUGGCCAACCCCCGGCGGCCCAUUGCCCAGUGGCACUCGCUGAAGCCAGAGGAAGAAGUAGACGCAGCUCUCGGGAAAAACAAAUAGGAAGAGUUGCCGGCCAAUGCGGCACGGCACUGCGGACAGUCGAAGUGACCCAGAGCUACUGAUACCUCAGUUACGCAACCUUUGGUUUUGUUUUUUAUGUUCUGUUUUAAGCUGAAAUACCCUUUGAUGGCUGUGGAAGGGUUUCCAGACAGUCCCAAUAGCUUCCGGGGAAGAGGUUAAAGACACAGAUGGUUCUUUUCGUUCUUCAGCAUCGCUCCCUUCUGCUGCAUGUCCUAUCGCCUCCGCCCACCAUCCCUUCCAGGUGGACCCUUCCAUCCUGGACCCUUCCAGGUCCCACCUGGGACCUUCCCCAGUGGCUGCGUCACCAGCCCGCAGCAUCGCUGCCACUGUCCUUCCCUUGGAUUCAUGUGGGGAACCGUCGAAUGUUGCAUGGAGAUGAUACCGGAGCCUGAUAGUGCAAGAUGACCAGACCCACUGUGCUUGCCUGGGGCGUGAACAGCUGCGUGGACAUCAAACUGGUGGAGAAGACCCUCUGUGGGAGACCCAGGUGCCUCCUGCUCCUGCUCUGCCUCCCUCUGUCCGGGAAAGGUGAGAGCCGUGGUUUUGGACUGAGGAUGGCCAAGUGUCCUCGGCCAGCUCCAGGUUUGGCUUCUUCUGGGGAGAGGUUUGCAGGGACCUCGGGGUGGUGGGCUGCCGAGCCCUUGGCGUUGCAACCGGGGCCACGGGGGCCUGUCUGAGCGCAGGGAGCUCCAGGGGGGUUCUACUCUGGGGAGACACAUGGUGGGAUGUGUACGCCACGGCAGCGCAGUGUGGGCCACUGCCACCUCUGCCAAGUGGCCGUCAUGUCCCCAAAGGCUGGGCGAGGACAGCUCUGGGUGAUUUGCCUGGGUGUCCCACCACGCUUGGUUGAAACCUGUAGCUCCAGCUGCUUCCACAAAGCAGGUUUCUGCUGAGAGGUCUCCAAAUGGGAGGGGGGCAGCCCCCCACAGCAGUGCCAGGUGCCUCCCCGAAGGCCAUCAUGUGUCCCCAGGGAUCAGCCCUGCUGUGGACACCCCAGCACAGCCCUGGGGCAGCCAGGGAUCUAUGGGGACCUCCAGCCCCACCGCUGUGAUGCAGGUGGGAAGGGUGAGAGAGAGCCCAUGGCCAACGAGGGACCAAAGCCCCUGACCCCCACAAGCUGCUGCUUCCCACCGGGCCGUUGGCUGCUGGACCCACCUCGUCCCACUCCCCGCGGGGGUAUAAGCCAUAUCUGUGUCCCUGACAGCGGGCAAGAGCUUCUCGGGGCCACCUCUGCCACUGCGGGACCAAGCACCUGAGCUGGAAAGCGAGCAUCGGGAGAGGGUCCAGCAGCCCUGCCCAGUUCGGCCCAGUCUGUACUGGAGCACUGACAGCCAGAGCUGGUGUCACUGUCCCAGCCCUGUGCCCCCCGGCAGCCUCGUGCUCCCGGCUCCGCUUUGCUUUCCUGGACUCGGUUGCAGGAGGUUUCGGCAGAGUUAAGCAGUGAAGGGCGAUGCAUCUUCAGCGAGGGCGCCUUGCAGCGAAGCAGCAGAGCUCUGGGGGCAGCCGGGGAUGCCCCGUGCAUCGGGGACACCACGCUGGGGACCCAACGCCCGGGCUGGGACUUCAGUGAAGGGCAUCCCGAGCCCGGGGAUAAAGGGCCGAAACUGAGCUCACCCCGGCAGCCCCGUAGCCCCCAAAGGGCAUCUCAGCCCCAGCUGGAGGUGGGGAGAUGAUGGGAAACAGCUCAAGGCGUUCAGGUUGGACACGGGGACGAGCCCCUUCCCCUGGAGGGACGUGCAGCUCUGGGACAGGUCCCCAGGGAGGGACGUCUCUGUCCUUGGGGGAGGUCUGGGGUUCGUUUUGCUAAGCCGUGGUCUGGUGGUGGGGGUGGUUGGACCAGAGACCUCCAAAGACCACGUCCACCACCACCUGGGUGGCAUUUAGCUUAUGCCCCAGGGCCCGGCCCAGCUGCUGGAGCUGCAGGAUUGAAGGUGGCACCGGGGCCACGCUGGGCCACAGGGCCUUCGUGGGUCAUCAAACGAGUGGCCCUGCAGGGCCUUCUCCAACUUUAAUUAGUCCCUUUUCCUACUGGAUGCGUCAGUGUCAGCAAACGAGGUCCUGCCCUCAUUGUUUAGCUGAAGGGGAAGAAGUCUUGGGGUGCUUUUAAUUAACGGGGAACUGGGGGAGGCUGACGCCCCUCGUCCAGGGGACGCUGGCAGGAUUCGGGGUCUCGAAUCAGUCCCAUUUCGGUGUCUGUCCGGGCACCUGGGGGGGCGUUGGCCUCAUGUGGGAAUGGGUUAAAACCAAAGGGAUCGGAAAGAGCACUGAAAUCCUCCUGCUGGCUCUCAUGGAGCGUGCGCGGCCCCGCGGCUCUCCCAGGGCAGCAGGCGGAGGUGGGCACCACAACUGUCCACGUGCACACGCACCCCCAUGCACUCCUCAUGCACCCCCCCAUGCACUCCCUACGCACCCCCCCAUGCACCCCCCAUGCACCCCACCAUGCAUGCACCGUGUAACCCUCCAUGCACCUCCCCAUGCACCUCCCCAUGCAUGCCCCCCUGCACCCCCCCUGCACCCCCCCAUGUACCUCCCCCAUGCACUUCCCCAUGCACCUCCCCUGCAUGCCCCAUGCACGCCCCAUGUACCCCCCCAAUGCACCUCCCAUGCACCCCCCCCAUGUACCUCCCCCAUGCACACCCCCCCCCCCCAUGCACCCCCAUACCCCCACACCCGCCGCACCGCCCGGGGUCUCACCAGGAGCGAGGGUCCCACCCGGCUGGUUCCAUUCGGACUCUUUAAGCCUCGGGGGUGGAGAAACUGUGACUUUAGCACAUAAUUAAUUUUUUCCUUUUUUUUUUUUUUUUUUUUUUUUAAAUAAAAAAGGGAAAAAUAACCAACAUACUAAAGCCAUCUGCGCUGCCUCUGACCCCCCUCCCCGCCCCCUCCCCCCGCCGCUCCGUCCCGCCCUUAGUUGUGUGUAGUGAACAAUAGACGGAGACGUAGCUGUACGCGCCAUGAGCAGUGCAUGAGCCGCAGCCCCGUAGCAGUAGCAGCAUGGCUCCAGCCCAGCGCGGCCCCGCUCGCUCAGCCCCUCCGUCCCGGCCGCGUUUCUCCAGCGAGGCAGAGACGGCGACGAACAAAACUCAUCGCCCGCGUGCUCUCCGCCGCCCUGAGUAUUUUCCCCAAAAUAAAUAAAAAAAAAUUAAAAAAAAAAA